AUGAAGGGCGAAGGCAACGCCAGCUCUACAGGACCGGGGGCGAUGCCGCCAAGGCCAGUAGACACAGCCUCUGCAGCUCCACCUGCAACGCCUGCCAGCAACCCAUCAGCAUCUCAAGCCCCAGCAGCACCAACAGCCACAGCUGCUGCUCCCACCGCGCCAGACAGCAUUCCCAGGCCUCCUCCAAAGCCGUAUGAGUCUGCUGCCGCACCAGGAAGCAGCCCUGCCAGCGUUUCCGAGCCUUUCGUCCCGAAGCAGCCGGUUCGGGAGGACAUGGUUCGGCAGGCUGUGAGCUUCCUCUCCAACCCUAAGGUCCGGAGCUCCCCGGUUCGGUUUCGCCGAGCCUUCCUGGAGCGCAAGGGCAUGUCGGCAGAGGAGAUUGACGAGGCCUUUCGACGCUGCCCGGACCCCUCAACAGGGUCAGAGGACGUGGAGGUGGGCUCGUCUUCCCAGCCUCUGCCUGCUGCUCGCAAGGCCCCUGCUGCUACUGCCACUGCUGCAGAGCCAGCUGCUGCUGCCGCUCCCCCUCCUCCUCCUCCUCCUCCUGCUGUUGCUCCUGGUCUGCAGCAGCAGGCACAGGCGUUUUCGUGGUCCAAGCUGGCAGUGGCUCUGGCUGUUGUGGGGGCGGGCACUGCCGGCACUUCUGCUGUUGCAAAGCGUCUCGUUCUCCCUCGCCUCAAGACCUGGCUCCAGGAAGCUGCAACACAAGAAGCUUCCAAGAAAGGCAAGCGACGGAGCAAGCAGGCUGCAAAGAAGAGCAGCAAGGGAAAGAAGGCGAGCAGGCGACGAGGCCAGGGUACAGACCCAGACAAGCCAGAGGAGGAACGGGAGGAUAGGAAGGAGGAGGUAGAGGCAGAAGAGGAGGGGAGCAGUGACAGCAGCAGCAGCUCCAGCAGUAGCAGUGAGUCAGAGAGCGAGUCAGAGACAGGGGAUUCAGAGAGCGAGGAGGAGAGGGGGAAGGGGAGGAGGGGGAAAGGAAGGCGCAGUGGAGGGAGGAAAGGGAGGAGGGGAGGCAGGAGGGGGGGAGGUAGCAAGGAUGGGUCCCAGGCGGCAUUGCUGCGGGCAUUGGAAGCCAUGACUGCAGAGGUGCAGCAGCUCAAGGCCGCCAACGCUGCUGGUGCUGCCGGUGCCGGUGUUGUGGGAGCAGCAGCAGCUAGCAUUGCUGCUGCGGGAUCGGACAUGCGCUCUGCCCUUUCGUCUCGUCAGCCUACCCAACAGCAGCAGCAGCAACACAGUAACGACGCCUCAUACGCCCAGCCCUACUCUUCUCAGUCCUACUCCCCUCAGCCAUAUUCCGCCCAGCCGUGGCGGCCGUCUAGUGCCCCUGCGCCCUCGUCAUCCUCUGCUGCUCUGGGCGCUGGCGGCAGUAGCACUGCUUCUCCUGGUGCGCCUGGUGCGCCUGGUGCAGGUUCAGCUGGUGCAGGUUCAGCUGGUGCAGGUUCAGCUGGUGCAGGGGCAACUAACGGCCCUCCCCAUCCCAAGUCCUUUUAUGAGGUGAUGGAAAUGGUGAAGCGGGGAGAAACGCCACCAGGAAUCAAGGACAUCAAUGACAAACCCCCCAAUCCUGAGCAGCCCCCAUCGGACUCCCGCCUGGCACGCCCCCUCAAGGCCUACCCAUCCAACCAGCCAUACCCAUAUGGACCGAACCAGCCUUACACAGCCAGCCAGCCGUACCAAACCAGUGCUCCGUACACGAGCAACCAGCCGUACCAAGCCAAGCAGCCUUACCAAACCAACCAGCCAUACCAGCAGCAGCAGCAGCAGCAGCAGCAGCAGCAGUUUGGGCACCCGUCUGCUUACAACCAGGGCGCCAUGGGUUCAGCUUAUGGUGCUGCUAACGGGGGUGACUAUUACGGAGGGAUGGGCUAUUCUGGUGUGAGUGGUGGUGCCGGUAACGGCUCUGUGGAUGAUGCUCCCUGGUCCCGCCGCCCGCCUGCCACGUCAUCAUCAGCUGCUGCUGCUGACUCAGCAGCCGCAGCCACUGCUUCUGGAAUGUUUUCCGAUUCUCCCAGUGGAGAAGCAUCAGGGGGUGCAGCCAUGGAUACAGCAGGGGGAGCAACAGGAGGUAUCUCAGGUGGCUCAUCAGGUGUCCCAUCAGGUGGACCAUCAGGGGGCGCAUCAGGUGGAGGGGGGUGGAGGCCACCAGCACUGCUGAAGCCAGUGCUACCAGAGGCAGCCACAGCCAUCCUCCAGUGGCCUGCUGCCAGAGCGCCUAACUACUGGGGCGGCCCCGCUGCUGACGCCCCUGCUGACGCCCCUGCCGCUGCUGACCCGGCUGCUGGUCCUCCUGGUAACCCUGCUGUGGCGGCGGCGGCGGGGACCCUACCUGAUGUCACCGCUGGUGUGGCAGAUGCUGCUGCUGGCCUUGCAGGGUUUGGUGCAUCUGUACCAACGUCUGCUGCUCCUAAUGUUGCUCCUGCUCCUGUUCCUCUCCUUCUGCCGCCUGCUCUAGGUGUGCCUUCGUCUGCCCCAGCAGCACCUGCUGCUGCGCCGACUGUCAUUGAUGUUCCUGCAGCAACAGCGUCAGUGACUGAUGUUCCGUCUGGGCCUGCUUUGGUGCUGGGAGGGCUGCAAUCCAGCAAUGGCAACGGUGAGGUGGCAGAAGGUGGGAGUGCAGGAGCAGCAGCAUCAGAGGGAGUGAAUGCAGCGUCAGAGGUGUAG